AUAGAUUUUUUUUAUCUCAUACGCCGUGAGUCAAAAAGUGGGGAUAAUAAUAAGGUGCAAAAAAAUAUCAUACAAAAGAUUAAUGGUAUCGGUCUUUUGGUCAUGGUGACGAAGAAUUUUGAAGAAGAGAAUGCCAAGUGAGAAAUAGAAGGUUUUUCAAUCCAUUCCCGUUUUUGAGUGCGUAGAACAAGGAAGUUGAUUCUCUGUAACGUUUUUUUUAACACACAACCUUUCAGUCCCCUCCUUUACAUUCCAUAUUCAUCAUAAGUUCAAAGUUUCAAGAUCAAGUGUGGUGUUUUUUUUGCAUUUUUCUUUUCUAAUCUAAUCAGUUCAAAGUGUCAAUCAAAUUAUCCUGGUGUAGAGAACAAGUAAAACACUAAAAUGGCAACUGAGUAUGAAGUUGUAACCCCAAAGUCAAAUUCUAGAUACGAAAAUAGCAUCAUACAUAAUUCAAGCAACUCCCCAGUUUAUGACGAAAUUCAUGCUUCCAAACCAUCCAACUCUGAAGAUCGAGUGUUUAGUCAUAAAACCAGUUGGAUUUGGGGCAUUUUUAAUUGGACAACCCAAUCAGCAGCUAUGCUUCGAAGUGCAGAAAAGCGGAUAUUUACUUACCUCAAGAAUGCCUACAGAGGCUGGUACGUGGACAUUGGACCAGUAGUGGGUGAGGCUGAUAAAAUCUGGACAGUCUCCCUAAAUGCAGAAUCACCCAAAACUCCCCUGGUUCUUCUCCAUGGCCUCGGUUCCGGAGUCGGAUUAUGGAUUCUCAAUCUCGACUCCUUUGCCGAACACCGUCCAGUCUAUGCCAUUGACAUCCUAGGCUUUGGACGGAGUUCCAGACCAAAAUUCUCAACAGAUGCCCAAAAGGCUGAACAACAGCUUGUGGCAUCCAUUGAAGAAUGGCGAAGGGAGAUGAAAUUAAAUGAAAUGAUUCUAUUGGGACACUCAAUGGGAGGUUUCCUAGCCGCUAGCUAUGCCAUCAGUCAUCCAGAUCGAGUAAAACAUCUCAUUCUGGCUGAUCCUUGGGGUUUCUCUGAGAAACCCGCAGACAUUGCUAGCAAAUACAACAUCCCAAUGUGGGUGAGAGUCUUAGCUUUUGCACUACAACCUCUCAAUCCCCUUUGGGCUGUUCGAGCAGCUGGACCCUUUGGACAGUGGGUGGUGUCCAAAGCUCGACCAGAUAUCAUCAGAAAAUACACAACGGUGGUCAAGGAGGAGGAACUCAUACCCCAAUACAUUCAUCAAUGUAAUGCUCAAUCACCAGCAGGCGAAAGUGCCUUCCAUGCAAUGAUGUCAGGUUUCGGAUGGGCCAAGUAUCCCAUGAUUAAUCGCAUGAAGGACCUUCGGAAGGACAUCCCAGUUACCAUGAUGUACGGUUCAAGAUCUUGGGUAGACAAGGCUUCCGGCGAAAGCAUAAAGCUCUCCCGAAUCCAUAGCUACGUUAACCUUCAAGUUAUCAACGGAGCUGGUCAUCAUAUCUAUGCCGAUCGGCCGGAGGUGUUUAAUCGAUAUGUGAAUGACGCUUGUGCCUUUUGCGACGGUCAACAAAGAACAUCAAAUGAAUCAAUAGAGAAUACAUCAUGUGAAGUCACAACGACCACAGAAGAGCUACCCACGGCAAUUGAGACAAAUGUGGUCAAGAAUGAUACUCAGUGACAAACACGAAAAAUAAAACAAAUAAAAAACAUUUUCUUGCCCCAGUGGAAAAUUCCUCAGAGCAAAAUUAUGCCCCAAAAUGGCCACCCGUUGUGUAUUAUAGAAUUAACGACAAUGUAUACCUUUUAAUUUAUAAUGAAGUUAUAUCAAAUUGAAAUAAAUAAGAAAUUUGCACAAAGUG